AAAGCACUAAACAUUGGCAACUUUUCAAUCAUACUACCGUCAUCAACCGAUCGGUGUGAAGAGCGUUUUUAUUUUUGGACCAAAUCGUGCUAUCAGAAGUUGAAGGUGUUCCUUAGUGAUAUUUAGUGAAGAAGUUUGAAGCAACCAAUCGACAUGUUCCGAGCAAUUAUCUUUGUGACACUGUUUGCCGUGUGCUUCGCCGGUUACAUCCACCACCGGCAGGACGACGAUGAGGUGGCUGAAACCGAGCACCAUCACAACAUCGAGCACAAGCAUGCCACCUCGCACCAGAGCUUCAAGAUCCACCACUUCCACGCGGUGCCGGUGUACGUCAAGAAGGAGGACCAGCAGUUCCUGAAGCACCCGGUGGAGGUGUCCGGCAUCAAGCACAACCUGAAGAUCGUCCACCCGGAAACCGAGCACAACCACGCCCACGGUCUGACCCUGGAGAACCACAGCGAGUUCGACAGCAAGCUGCACGGUGGCUACGGACACGAUCUGGGCCACGCCGGUUCGGAGCACGUUGCUGCCCAGGAAUACGGUGGCCACCACCAGCACCAGGAGUACGAACACCACCAGCACCACUACGGACAGCUGGAGGAACAGGACGAGAACUAAGUCUGCCCAAGGUCGUCGUGGCUCAGCUGCCCCAAGGGGGGAACCACCACCACCGACUGGAUAUGUUGUGUAUACUUGUGAUAUAGUCAAUUUUUCUACUAUUUAAUAAUGCGGGUUCCACCGAUGCCUCGUCCUUCCGCCAGUCCGCCAAGAGUCGAGCCAUUCAGGGGGUUGCAGCGAGGGAACUUGAUUCGAGUGCAGGAAUAACUCCCGCUAGAUGCAACCAUUACAAUCUUAUUUAAAUUAUCAAAAACCAUGACAUCAUCCGUUGUUAACUAUUGUUUCCAUACUUGUUAUGAAUCUCACCUAUGAAGACUUAAUAAAACAUCAUUUAAUUAUUUAAAA